AUGGUGACAACUUUCAAUUUGUCAGUGUUAUCUUCAUUGGAUGCCAGAAUGGAUGAUAAUGGAACACACAACAGCACUAUAUUCCACCCCAACAGCAGUAACAAUCCAGACUUUAACAUAUCUAGAAUGAUAGGAUUGCUUUCAACAAGCACCAUCAUUCUUUUAGUUGCUUCCUUGGAUUUUGGGGGGAAUGGACUCGUCAUAUGGCUUCUUGGGUUUUGCAUUAAGAGGAAUCCCUUCACCACCUACAUUUUGAACCUCUCAAUUGCUGACUUCGGGGUGCUUACAGCUCUAGCUGUUUAUAUUAUAAGUUGUAUUUUUUAUUGGUUUUAUGAUAUUGACACUGUUUUUCUCAUAGUAUCAUUUGAGGCCUUCUUCCUAUUCACAUUCACCACUAGUCAGUUUUUACUGACAGUCAUCAGCAUCGACAGGUGUGUGUGUCUCUUCUUCCCACUUUGGCAUCGAUGCCACCGGCCUCCACAUUUAUCUACCACUGUUUGUGUCAUCAUAUGGAUCCUCAGCUUCCUCCUUUCUGCUACCUUCUUUGCACUAUCAUUCAAGAAGUGGUAUGACAUAAAAUUCUACCAGUUUGUCCUGAAUGCCCUACUUUUCACUCCAGUCAUGUCAGUCUCCACCAUCACUAUGUUAAUUAAAAUCUGCUUAAUAUCAAAACCUUAUAAGCGGAGAAAGCCUUUAACAGCCAUUUUGCUUAGUCUUCUCUUCUUCCUCCUCUUUGCUUUUCCAUUAAAUGCUGUUCUGUCUCUCUUCCUUAAGGCCUUCAUAUUAAUGUAUGUCAUUGCAUAUGGCUAUAUAUGUGUCUCUCUAAACAGCAGUAUUAACCCUCUGAUCUACUUCCUUGUAGGCAGAAAGAAAAGAGGUCGAUCUAGGGAGAGAAUAAAGAAAAUAUUUGAGGAGAUGUUCAAAGAGGAGGAGAACUGUACAGAGGAGGUGGAUCCACCAAAAGAAACUAAGUUAUGAUCUCCAUAAUAGAGCCUUAGUAUUGUAGAUUUAAUUAUGCAUAUUCCGUCCCACCUUUUAAUCAAAUAGAUUGGUUCAUCCUAAAGUAAUGGUUGCCCACAACAAUUUUCCUAUUCAAAGAUAUAGCCAUGUGAGUCUGUAUCAGCAUACAAAGGAAUGCUACAGGAUUCUUUUGUGAACAGUUUCCAUAGUAUGAGAUGUACAGAAAUGAUCUUUUAUUGCUGUUGAAGAGACAAGAUAGAUGACACUGCAAGAGGCUUUGACAUGGGAGUGAAAGAGUUUUUGUAGCAUAAAAUAUCUAUUUCUUUCUUGGAACAUGGGAUUCCUAAAGCUCCCAGGAAGACUUAAGGCCAAAAAAGAAAAAGAAGAAAAUAAAAGAAAAAGAAAAAAAUUGUGUAAUAAUUUAAAGACACAAGCUGUUAUUCCCCAUCACAAUUAUGGAUAUGUAACCCGGAGUUACUUAGCCAUAACUGCUUCAUAUUCAUGAACCCUCCAUACUCCUGAUUGUGCCACUAUUGCCACAGUUGUAACAGUUCUAACCUACUUUAUCAGGCACCACCUGCUCAGAGGGAAGGAGGUGAAUUCUGUUGCGAUCAAGAUGCACGUUAGUGACAUUUCCACACACGCACCACCAGCAAGAAACACUAAAACAACCCAAAACACACCCCUGUCACCAUUUCUCACUACAACCUUGCUUGCUGGUGGGAGGAUGCUGGAAACAAUAUACCCAAUGUCUGCCAGAAUUGACCCGUUUCUCUUGGAGCAGCUGCUACAUUGUAAAGUAGGUUGGGGGAAUGGG